UGUUUGCCUACUAGUACUAUUUGUUCUCAUUUUUAUUUGAGAUGGUUGGGUGGUAAGGCAAGUCGAGGCAGCGGCGGGAAAGGAAUAGCCCUCUUUUGGAAAUAGUCGGAGAAGAAAUUACGAAGCAUUUGGCAACGCCCUCGGUCAAGACACAUAUAUAAUCGAGGCAAAAACGAAGAUAAAAUGUAUGCACGGGAGGUUUUGGGUAAACUGGCAGUGUGUGGGGAAUCGCCGGUUUCACUUGACAUCAGAGACCCUCGUCGUCGUCUCGGACGCUUCCCGGAGUCGGUUUCCGGAAGACCGCCGACGAUGUUCCGCCGCCGCAUCAUCCGCGCCAAAUCCUCCAUUGGUGGUGGCGGAGAGAGUGGCGAUGCGUUUGCUGUCACUUCGCCCGGUAAAUGCGAAGUUGAUUAUCUAGGAGAGAGCACCAAGGGCGAUUUAAAUGUCAGAAUGGACCGCCUGGAGGCUUUCGGCAUUGAUGGUCAGGAGGCUCUAGAGGGCCCAAUUGAAGAGGUGGCCAGAAUGGAAGCUCUUGAAACUGAGCAUUUGCUGAGAGAUCUCGGAAUUUUGGGUCCAUUUUCUUCAAGGCAUUCACCUCGUGGCAUAUUUUGUAGCCGUACAUUGAAUCUGCGGUCGAUCAGUGCCAUUGGAUAUGACAUGGAUUAUACCUUGAUGCAUUAUAAUGUGAUGGCUUGGGAAGGCAGGGCAUAUGACUACUGUAUGGACAACCUAAGGAACAUGGGUUUUCCAGUGAAUGGGCUUGCAUUCGAUCCAAACUUGGUUAUUAGAGGCCUCGUCAUAGACAAAGAGAAAGGCAACUUGGUUAAGGCUGAUCGUUUUGGUUAUGUAAAGAGGGCUAUGCAUGGGACACAAAUGUUAUCUACUCGAGCUGUUAGUGAGAUGUAUGGGAGGGAACUUGUGGAUCUGCGGAAGGAGAGUCGAUGGGAGUUCCUCAAUACACUAUUCUCUGUUUCAGAAGCAGUGGCUUAUAUGCAGAUGGUUGACAGAUUGGAUGAAGGUGCCAUAGCAGCGGAACUUGGUCCACUUGAUUAUAAAGGGCUUCACAAGGCUGUUGGAAAGGCCCUCUUUAGGGCUCAUGUUGAAGGUCAGCUUAAGAGUGAAAUAGUGUCUAGGCCUGAACUGUUUGUAGAGCCUGAUCCUGAGCUACCUCUGGCACUUUUGGAUCAAAAGGAGGCUGGUAAAAGACUCCUGCUUAUUACCAAUUCAGAUUAUCAUUAUACAGACAAAAUGAUGCGGCAUUCAUUUAAUAGAUUCCUCCCAAACGAUAUGGAUUGGCGAGAUCUAUUUGAUAUGGUUAUAGUCUCAGCAAGGAAACCAGAGUUCUUUCAAAUGUCACACCCUAUGUAUGAGGUGGUGACAGGUGAAGGUCUAAUGCGUCCAUGCUUCAAGGCUUGCAAAGGCGGCUUGUACUCGGGUGGGAGUGCUCAAAUGAUUGAGAAUUCCCUGAACAUCCAUGGAGACGAGAUAUUGUAUGUUGGUGACCAUAUUUAUACUGAUGUAAGCCAAUCAAAGGUUCAUCUGCGGUGGAGGACAGCAUUAAUUUGUCGAGAAUUGGAAGAAGAGUAUAGUGCUUUGAUCUGCAGUCGCAGUCAUCGAGCCUCACUUAUAGAGCUUAUAAAUCAGAAGGAGGUUGUAGGGAAUCUAUUUAAUCAACUUCGACUUGCUAUGCAAAGGCGAACUAGGGGGCGUCCUGCUCAGACCCUUGCUGCAACCAACAUGGAUGAUGAAGAACUUACAGAGAGCAUGCAGAAGCUGCUUAUUGUAAUGCAAAGGCUAGAUGAAAAAAUUGCUCCAAUGUUAGAAGCAGAUGGGGAGCAUUUCAACAAGAGGUGGGGCUUUCUCUCACGUGCUGGUCUGUGGGACAAGAGCCACUUAAUGAGGCAAAUAGAAAAGUAUGCUGAUAUAUAUACCUCUAGGGUCUCAAAUUUCCUACAUUACACUCCUUUCAUGUAUUUCCGUUCACAGGAACAGACACUUGCCCACGAUUCAUACUCAUACUACGAGGAACAUUUUAAUGAUUCUACGGUGGACAACCAGCUCUAGUACAUUGUGUGUAAGCCAAUAAAAAGACCUUGUUAAUGUUAUAGAUGGGAGUAUGAGACUGGUGUCAAAUUUUGUCGGGAAUUUGAAAAUAGUGCAGACUCCAUUAAAUGUCCUGCACGAUGCCUGCCUGAAGAAAGGACAGUAAAAUAAAGGUAAAGGCAUGGCAGACGCCUGCAGGGGAAUUGGAUGUAAGAUUAUAUGAAUAAAAAAUUGUUAAUGGAGUUCCUUGGGAGGGCUAGUGUUGCCAUUGUGUGUGCGGAUACUGGUGUGUUAAUAAAGAAGGUGGGUGUAAUGGGGGCUAGGGGUUGAAUGCUGGUUAAUUUGCAGCAACCUGAUGCGGGUUGAAGCCUGCGAUUAACCAUGACAAUGUUGUAGCAUGAAUGCAAUAAAUCAAGGGAGGACUUGAUUUGACUCAAAUAAACCCUUACAGUGAACCAGAGGCCUCCCCAGCAUGAAAAUGUUGAGCUUGAAAUGUACUUGAACUCGAUGGAUUUUAAGAUUGUUGAACUAGAAUUUGAUUUAGUUAAAAGUUCUUAAAAUCUGAGCUAGACUCAAUUAAACUCA